UGUUCUUUCCGCAUGUGCUUCGCGCUCUCUCUGUUUUUAGCACACAGAGUCUUCUUCCUCUUCCUUGUCCCGCUCAACCAUAUUCUCUCCAUAAAGGUCAGAGUUACGGAAAAACUUAUAUAAUACUAUAAAAGAAAGAAACCCAAACACUAUUUUCUCAAUCUCGAUCUCUCUCUCUUUUACUAUGUGUCCCCCUCAAACUCCAAACGUGUCUUCUUCUUCUUCUUCUUCUUCUUCUUCUUCUUCCCGCAGUUGGUUGUUGUGCUACAUAGAGCUUCGGUUCUUUGUUCGAAUCCGGAGGUUCCUGCGAUCGAAAGCGGCGGCCCGCAAGCGACGGGGGCCGUCGGAUGGGUUUGACAUGGAGAGUGUGAAGGUUGUUGAUAAGGAAGUAGUACUACAAGUUAUGGAGAGGGAGAGCGAGGAUGAGUCGGCGGUGCUACAGAGGUCGGUGAAGAAGCUUCACUUUGGGAGCUGGGAAGAGAAGGAGAAGGCGGCUCAGGAGAUUCAGAGGCUUGCUAGAGAAGACGGGAAGGUAAGGAAGUUGAUGGCGGAGCUCGGAGUUAUACCAGUGUUGGUGGCUAUGGUGGCUUCCGAGGUGGCGUGUCGCCGGCGCGUGGCGGUGACGGCCUUGAUAGAGCUUGCUAAUGGAUCUUACACGAAUAAGGCGCUGAUGGUGGAGGCAGGAGUCUUAUCCAAACUGCCGAAGAAAAUUGAUGGUGUGGAUGAAUUAACGAGACGUGAAUUGGCAGACUUGCUCCUAUCAUUGUCUUCUCUUGCAAACACCCAAUUUCCUCUUGCCUCAUCAGAAAUUCUCCCAUUUCUCAGGAGCAUUCUUGAAUCAGCUUCAACUGUUGAAACCAAAGAGCCAUGUUUAGGAACUUUAUACAACCUCUCCGCCGUGCUAGACAAUGCCGGAGCUCUGGUCUCCGGCAGGGUGGUAAACACCCUCUUGACGCUCUCCACAGUAAAACAACUUUCAGAGAAAGCCCUCGCAACGCUGGGGCACCUGGUGGUGACGUUAAUGGGGAAGAAGGAAAUGGAAAAUAGUCCAACGGUGCCGGAGAGCUUUAUAGAGAUUUUGACAUGGGAAGACAAACCCAAAUGCCAGGAAUUAUCAGCUUACAUUUUGAUGGUUUUAGCUCAUCAAAGCUCGGCCCAGCGGGAAAAAAUGUGCAAGUCGGGAAUUGUGCCGGUGCUUCUUGAAGUGGCGCUAUUGGGUAGCCCUCUGGCUCAGAAGAGGGCGCUAAAGCUAUUGCAAUGGUUCAAAGAUGAGCGGCACGCAAAUAUGAAGCCCCAUUCCGGGCCGCAAACCGGAAGGAUUCCGAUGGGUUCGCCUUUAAACGGAAGGGAGACUCAAGAAGGGAAGAAAAUGAUGAAGAGUUUGGUGAAGCAAAGUUUGAAUAAGAAUAUGGAAAUGAUAACGCGGCGAGCCAAUGCUUCUGCAGACUCUUCUAAGCUGAAGGCUCUUGUGAUCAGCACAAGUUCUAAGAGCUUGCCUUAUUGAAGAUUUUCAGGCCUCCAUCGGAGAUGAUUUGAGAGAGCAUAUGUGUGGGAAAAUUGAUGUUUUCUCACCCACAGGGGGAGGACAUGAAGUCCUUAGCCCCAGAAGAUGCGUUCCUUGUGCAGUGAGUAAGAAUAUUGUAUAUGAUGGACAAAAAAGAGAAUCAUAAAAGCUUAUUACUCAUUCUCGCCCUUUCACACGGAUCUGUCCGUGAUGAUGUUGAGGCGUAGGAAAUUAAGUAGGUUACGUGAUUAAUACACAAAUUGAAGUGUAUACCUUCAGGAUUCAACCAUA